AUGGUAGUAAAAAGUGAACUCUUCAUGCACAGUACCCAUCACCUGCAGCCUCUGUUCAGCCAAGGCAUGGUCCACUGCUGCAUCAUCAAACACAAACACACACACACAUGUUCUGAGUUAAGGCCACUUGGUAGGAGGAUGCCACGACAGAAACUCAUCGCCUCAGAAAGUGACGUUAGCAUUGAGGUGGAUGAAGGGAAAAACAAUGAGUUCAGCCUUUACUAUGUGGAGGUGGAGGACAAUUCAGAGGGAGAGAAGAAGCAGAUGACACGAGAGGGCAAAAGGAGGAGAGAGAAAAAUGGCAAGGUCAGCAGGAGGAGAGCUUCAGAAACGAGAUCAGCCAAUAGAAGAACUGAGAAGCAUGAAAAACACCAAAAAACUGUGAAAGAGAGAAAAGAGAGUGAGAAACAUGGAAAACGGCACAGAAAAAAGGAAGAAGAUGUUGAGGAGGUUGAGGAAGAAUGCAGCAAAGAGAAAAAGAACAUUAAAAAUGAAAGAACCAAGACACUAAAACAGGAGGAUGAGAUGGAGAAGGAAGUGAAAAAGACAAAGAAACAUGUUAAAAAGGAGGAUGAGAAUGAAAAUCAUGGGAAGACAAAACUGAAGGAUUGUCAUGACGUGCCCUUGAAGGAGAAGGAAAAGAAAAAGAAUAGAAAGAAACCUGAGACUACCUCAGAGUCUGAGUCUAAAUCGGAGUCUGAAUCUGACUCUGAUUCAGAGUCAAAGGAUGAUAAGGACAAAGAGGUAGUAGGAGUUUUGGGGUCUCUGACUCCAGAAGAGCUGGAAAAGUUAAAAGAAGCAGUAGACGACAAAAAAAAGCUCAUCGCCACUCUGAGAGGAAAGCCCUGGCCAAUGAGGAAAAAACUAGUUAUUCUUAAAGAGUCACAAGAGUUUGUGGAGAAAUAUGAAGGUGCUCUGGGGAAGGGCAAAGGCAGGAAACUCUAUGCCUACAAGGUCAUGAUGAUGAAGAAAUUGAUGAAGUUUCAGCGUGACUUUGAGAACUUCAAGACUGCUUGCAUCCCAUGGGAGAUGAAGAUAAAGGAAAUAGAAAGUCAUUUUGGCUCAUCAGUUGCAUCCUACUUCAUAUUUUUGAGGUGGAUGUAUGGCAUCAAUAUGAUUCUAUUUGGACUGACGUUUGGGCUAGUGAUGGUUCCAGAGGCUCUGAUGGGGAAACCAUAUGGCAGUAUAACCAGGAAGACAGUGCCUAGAGAGGAAGAGGCCAGUGCCAUGAAUUUUGCAGUCUUAUGGGACUUUGGGGGCUAUGCAAAGUACUCUGUACUCUUCUAUGGUUAUUACAACAACCAGCGGGCAAUUGGGUGGCUCAAGUUUCGCAUGCCCCUAUCAUACUUUCUGGUUGGGGUGGGCACAGUGGCUUAUAGCUACAUGGUGGUAAUCAGGACUAUGGCACGCAAUGCCAAUGAAGAAGGUGGCGGAGACGACACCAGUUUUAAUUUCAGUUGGAAGACGUUUACUAGCUGGGACUACCUCAUUGGAAAUCCUGAGACAGCAGACAACAAGUUUGCUUCCAUCACCACAAGCUUCAAGGAGGCCAUUGUGGAGGAGCAAGAAAGCAGAAAAGAUGACAACAUUCACCUGACAAGAUUCCUUAGAGUGCUGGCCAACUUCCUGGUGCUGUGCUGUCUGGCGGGGAGCGGGUACUUGAUCUACUUUGUGGUGCGCAGGUCUCAGAAAUUUGCUCUGCAGGGACUGGAGAACUACGGAUGGUGGGAGAGGAAUGAGGUGAACAUGGUGAUGUCACUGUUAGGAAUGUUCUGUCCGAUGCUGUUCGAUGUAAUAAGCACUUUAGAGAACUAUCAUCCACGCAUUGCCCUUCAGUGGCAGCUGGGCCGCAUCUUCGCCCUCUUCCUGGGGAACCUCUAUACAUUCAUCAUCGCUCUCAUGGAUGCCAUCCAACUAAAGAGGGCAGAGGAAGAGAUUGUGAAGAGGAAUAUGACAAUCUGGCAGGCUAAUCUUUACAAUGGGACUGUCCCAGACAACUCAACUGCUUCACCAAUCACAGUGCACCCUGCUGAUGUUCCCAGAGGGCCUUGUUGGGAGACAAUGGUGGGACAGGAGUUUGUGCGUCUCAUCAUUUCUGAUACAAUGACAACUUACAUUACUCUUCUGAUUGGGGAUUUCUUCCGUGCUGUACUGGUGCGUUUCCUGAACAACUGUUGGUGUUGGGAUCUGGAGUAUGGCUUUCCAUCCUAUUCAGAGUUUGAUGUCAGUGGGAAUGUUCUGGGGCUGAUCUUCAACCAGGGGAUGAUCUGGAUGGGGGCGUUCUAUGCUCCGUGUCUUCCAGCAUUAAAUCUGCUACGGCUGCACGUGUCCAUGUACCUGCAGUGCUGGGCGGUGAUGUGCUGUAAUGUGCCCCAAGAACGGGUCUUCAAAGCUUCAGGCUCCAAUAACUUUUACAUGGCCAUGCUGCUGGUCAUCCUCUUCCUUUCUACCCUGCCUGCGAUAUACACCAUUGUCUCCAUCCCCCCCUCAUUUGACUGCGGACCCUUCAGUGGGAAAACCCGAAUGUUUGAUGUGAUUCAGGAAACUCUGGAGUCAGACUUUCCUCCAUGGUUCGGGAAAGUGUUCAGUUAUGCCUCGAACCCCGGACUGGUACUGUCUUUCCUUCUGCUCUUGGUUCUUGCAAUAUAUUAUCUGCAGUCCACUUCUAAAACAUACAAACGGGUAAACAUGGAGCUGAAAAAGAAACUUCAAACACAAAAUGAAGAAAACAAGAAGAAGAAUAAACUUGCAGCCUUGAAGGCAGCCAGUGAUUUGGUGCAGGCAAGGAAUGCAGGAGAACAACGCAGCAACACUACCUCUGAUUUGGGUGAGAGCAUAGAGAACAGGUCACAGCUUCUAUCACAUGCUCAAGGCAUCUCCUCUAGCCACACAAAUACAAGACCGCAUGAAUCCCGAGGCCACACAUUAUCUGGACAUCUUCCAGGACACCCACAGCAACCACAGAGAAACUCUCACUCAAACCGAAGAUAA